AGUAGCCCAUUUCUUCGAAAUUCGAACAUCUUUCCCUUCCCCUCAUCUUACACUCGGUCUCAGAAAUUCAGAAAAGCCAAAAGCUCUCAACUUUCAUUCAAGACACAGACUGAAUUCAGGAAUGGCCUUCGUAUAAAAGGGCACAUCUUUCUGCACAGACUUAUCAGCGGCUUUGAACAGAGUUUAUAAAAUGGAGGAUAGAGAAUAUUCUGAGAGGAAAUGGGAAGACAUGGAUAUUGACGUGCUGGUGAAGAUAUUUCAGUCUUUUGACAUAUUUCAGUUGACUUCUGGGAUUGGCCAAGUCUGUAGCGCAUGGCGUCUUGCCUGCUGUGAUCCUAUACUUUGGAAGACACUUGAUAUUUCUAUGAUUAAAUCAAACUUCAUUAAAAUCCCAUUGGAGCCGUAUGUAUAUGUGGGUGAUCAGUCUGAUAAAACAUUAACCCGACUCUUGAAGAUUGCUCUGAACCUCAGCCGUGGAAACAUUCUCACUCUCAUUUUCCAUUACAAUCUGUAUGUAAGCGAUGUUCAGUUGACAUAUACAGCAGAAAGGUCCCCACAGCUUAAACGUCUUGUUAUGCCUGCUUGGAACAAAAUUAAAAAGACUGGAAUAUGCAGCGCAAUUCGCAUGUGGAAAAAUCUUGAAUCACUGACAAUGCCUAGCAUAGCAAAUCCUCCCUACCUUUUGGAGGAGAUUUCAAAGAGCUGUAAGAACUUUGCUGAGCUCAAGAUAAUGGGACCUUGUGACAUUGUGUUUGCAUCUUCAAUAGCUGCAUUUCUUCCAGACCUAAAAGUUUUGAGCCUGCGGUGUUCAGUGCUAUACAAAGAAGCUUUGCUCAUCAUCUUGGAGGGGUUACCAAAGUUGGAAGUGCUCAACAUAUCUCACUGCCUACUGUUUGAACGCCCUCCCCCUGCACCCCGCAAAGUUGUUAAUGAGUUUGAUGAAUCAAUUCGUGAAAGGGCUUCUAGGCUGCGCAAGUUUUUAACGUGCAUGAGUGAUAUAUGCAGCAUGUGUCAGCGCACUAGAAAUGAUGAAGGGCUGAUUAGGUGGUACAAAUAUGAAGAAGACCUCUGGAAAGAAGAUGAGGUGAGAUCUCUUGCAAUCUGAAAGUGCUCCUCCAACUUUUGGUAACUUUGGUGUAGUGUGUGUACUUGGUGUAUCAACUCUAAGAAAGAGAAUAAGACUAUUAUGAACAUCAACAUCCAGUUGUGGAUUCUGUAGUGAUCAGCCAGUGAUGAAUGUUCAUUCAGCUGCUAUGCUAGGUAGUUGAGGAGAAAGGGUAACACAGUUGUUGAUAGGAGUUUAUUGAAAACAAAGAAAAAUUAUGUAGGAGUUAUUGAAAGCAAUAUUUUUCUUUCUCUUAAAGGAUGGUUUUUUUUCUGAUUAGUUGAACUGUAAAGUCGUCUUGUUAUUCAAAAUGAGAGUUUUUUUUGCCAAUAUAGUUUGCUUAAAAGAAGCUGUUGUCUCUUUUUAGUAUUUGGUCUAUGUAAUGGUUGUUAGAAUAGACAAACAAAUUUUAAUAAAUGACGGGUCAGAUUGCAUUCUUU